UGCAAGUGCAGCGGCCACAUCCUCGUCCUAGUCCCGCCACAGGGCACUGAGGGCAACUUCUGGGCCAGCGGUGAGGGACGCGCCUCCCUGCCUGCCAGGGCCCCGCCUACGAUACUCCGUUGGCUGUUGCCCCAGGGAGAUCAGCAGUCCCAGAUCCAGAGAGACUGUUGGGGCCUGCCAGACCUUUGGAGGCCACGCCAAGAAAGGGGAAGCAUCAUCUUCAGACCCUCCUUGGUGCAGCCUUGCCCAGGACCCGGGAGCCACGAGUCAGGUAGCAAACACGGCCUUCUGCUUCUCCAGCACUCGUAAGUCCCUGGGAAUCUUCGAGCCCACUCAGAGGGAGCCACAGAAGCCCCGACGUUGCACAGCCCUGCAGGCAGGGGCUGGGGGCAUCCUUCACUGAGCUGGACGAAGGGGUCCUGGGAGCGGCCUCCGGCCCCUGAGGCCUCACUCUCUCGUAGCCUUUGGGAAGCAAUCGCGGCAUCCUGGAUAAUUUCGUGGAUUCCCGAGGCAGCUCAGGUGUCCACCAGCGGGCAUACUGCUGCCUCAAAGAGUUGGGCAAGAUGCUGUUCGGGGUGAAGGACAUUGCACUGUUGGAGCACGGGUGCAAGGCCCUGGAGGUGGACAGUUACAAGUCCCUGAUGAUCCUGGGGAUCCCAGAGGACUGCAACCACGAGGAAUUCGAAGAGAUUAUUCGGCUGCCCCUCAAACCUCUAGGCAAGUUCGAAGUGGCUGGGAAGGCCUAUCUGGAAGAAGAUAAAUCCAAGGCGGCCAUCAUUCAGCUGACGGAGGACAUCAAUUACGCCGUGGUCCCCAGGGAGAUCAAGGGCAAGAGCGGUGUGUGGAGAGUGGUCUACAUGCCCCGGAAGCAGGACAUCGAAUUCCUGACCAAGCUAAACCUCUUUCUGCAGAGUGAGGGCAGGACGGUGGAGGAUAUGGCCCGGGUCCUGAGGCAGGAACUGUGUCCCCCAGCCACGGGCCCCAGAGAGCUGCCUCCAAGAAAGUGCUGUGUGCCUGGGCUGGGGGAGAAGCUGGAGGCUGGGGCCACCGUCCGGAUGGACGCGGUGCCACCUCUGGACUCCUCCGAGAAGGAGAGCAAGGCUGGAGAUGGCAAGAGGGGCAAAAGGAAGAACAAGAAAAACCGCCGGCGGCAUCACCUCUCAGACAAGAAGCUGUGAGGUGGUGGCAUCGGGUGGGCGUGGGGAGUGUCUGAGGGGGUGUGGGUGAUGACUGUGGGAGGGUAGGUACCACCUCAGUACGUUUAAGGAGUACGAGUGAGUUUGGGUAAUGCAAGGGAGGGUGGGAAUAACUCUAGUGAGUGGGUAACUUUGGAGUAAGAAUGGGUAUCAUUUGGAUAGCACAGGUAACAUCUGACUAGUGCGAAAGAGGUGGAUAUCUUUAUCUGAGUUAACUAACUUGUGGGUUACAUCUGAGUGAGUGUAGUUAACGUCUGGGUGCCCGUGGCUCAUUUAUUCAUCCUACAGAUAUUUAUUGCAUACCUACUAUGUUCCAGGUACUGUUCUAGGAGCUGGGGAUAUGGAAGGGAGUAAACUCAAUAAAAAUCCCUGCCUUCAUGGCACUCAGAGUAAGUGGGUAAUAUUUGAAUUACUUGGAGACAUCGGAGUGAGCGUAGGUAGCAUUUGAGUACAUGUGGGUAACAGCUGAAUGAUCAUAAAAUCUGGUUGAGUGUGGAUUGCUCAUUCAUCCAUGUAUCCAAGCAACCAACAAAAUUUCCUGAGGACCUACAGUGUGCCAGGCACUGGGGAUACAGAAGCGGAAUAAACAGACCAAAACCUUGCCCGUGACUCUCAUAGUAGCUAUUUGAGUAGGUGCGGGUAACAUUUGGGUUACUUGAAUACACAUUAGUGAGUGUGGGCAGCAUUAGAGGGUGUGGGUGGCAUCCGCGUAUAAUUGAAAGUAGUUGUGGGUAAUAUUUGAGAGUGUACGGGUAACACCUGAAUAUGUGAAUGGGUAUCAUUUGGGUAGAUGAGAGUAAUUUCUAAGUGAGGAAGGGUCUCAAAGACUCACAAACAUCUUCCGCCACCCGGGAGACCCCGCGGUACCAGCCGCGCAGGCGCAGUCGGAGCCAGAAGCUAGCAGCGCGUCCCACCGUUGCUAUGGAGACCACAGGCUGCCCCCCCAGGCGCCUGCGCCCUUUGCAGAAAAUGGAGGAGGGGGAAACGGUCCUGGAUUCCAAGGUUUUGCAGAUCUCUUACUGGAGUUGAAGAAAACUCACGCAGAUCCAGGAGGAACGUGUCAGGGAGAUCCCUACUCGGGAGAAGGGCCGCCAUCCUCCUUCGGCUGUCACCCGCGGCCUGAUUCUGGGGACGGCCUCUCUUGUUGGGGGGAGGCGGGCGGCACGGACCCUUCUAGCUUUGCGCCCUCCUGGAAAUCCUGUUAUUGCAAAGUCUAGAGCCGUUUUCUGUGUUUCAAAAGCAUGUACCUUGAAUGUACCUCUGGCACAAACUUGUUCGGAGUGGGCCACCCUGUUUUGCGCAUGUCAAGCAGAAACCAUGGCUGAGAGUGAGUUGCCUGCUCCCCACCUCUGAGGAACUCACUGAUCUGUGAGCGGCUCUUGAAAAGCUGUCGCCUUUCUCUACACGCCGAGUCUCUCUUACAGAAGUGGUAAGAAGCAGGACCCUUCUGCCCCGAUUGGCGCCCAGGUUGAGGGUGUGAGUCUCCCCAAGUUAAAUUCCAGAAGCUCUGGCUUGGUGAGGAGGAGUGAACUCCACUCUCUAAAGAAGAGGCAAGGCUUCUGGGCAAUGGUCCAAAAGGAGGUAAAUAAUUAAGAGGCCAUUUUCAAGAGUUACCAAUGAACGACGUUAACACUGAGGUGAAGAAGAAUUUUAAAAAUCAGGUAAAAUCCAAAUACAUGUGAGUAGGCAGAUCUUUUGCUCAGAGACAACAGACCUGUCAAUUUGCAAACUUCUGUUAGUUCAAGGAUCUGCAAAGGUUUGAGCUGAAUCUCUUUUCAAAAAUGUAACUUACACACAACACAAAGACUCAGCCUACCAAACUGUAAUGGCAGAGACUCCUAAUCUCUUUUUUGUUUUUCUUUUUUUUGAGACAGAGUCUCACUCUGUCACGAGGCUGGAGUGCAGAGGUGCAAUCUCAGCUCACUGCAACUUCUGACUCCCUGGUUCAAGCGAUUCUCCUGCCUCAGACUCACUAGUAGCUGGGAUUACAGGCACACACCACCAUGUCCAUCUAAGUUUUGUAUUUUUACUAGAGGAAGGGUUUCACCAUGUUGGCCAGGAUGGUCUCAAUCUCCCGCCUCGGCCUCCCAAAGUGCUGGGAUUGCAGGUGUGAGCCACCGCACCCGGCUUCUCUGUUGAUUUUUUUUUUUGAGAUGGAGUCUCCUUCUGUAGCCCAGGCUGGAGUGCAGUGGCGUGAUCUCGGCUCACUGCAACCUCUGCUUCCUGGGUUCAAGUGAUUCUCCUGCCUCAGCCUCCCGAGUAGCUGGGACUACAGGCGCGUGCCACUACGCCCAGCUAAUUUUUUGUAUUUUGUAGAGUCAGGGUGUCACCAUGUUAGCCAGGAUGGUCUCGAUCUCCUGACCUUGUGAUCUGCCCGCCUUGGCCUCCCAAAGUGCUGGGAUUACAGGCAUGAGCCACCACACCUGGCCCACUCUACCUUUUCUAAUAACUGUGAGCAUUUACCAUCCCCGAGUUCUGUGCCAGUACCUAUCAUGGUCUCGUGAACUGCUCACAACCUCUCCAUGAGGUUAAGUCUCAUUACAACUGCCAUUUUGCAGAGAAGGAAACCAAGGCUUAGAGAGGUGAAGGAACUGACCCAAGAUCACACAGCCACAGAGUGAUAGAGCCAGAAUUUGAACCCAGGCAGCCUAGCUCCAGA